UUAUCAAGUGGAUUUAUUGAUAAGAAAUUAUAACUAAGUUUUAGACUUUGUAUUGCAUGCUAAGAGAAUUUUAUAAUUAUCUUCAUGCAAUCCAUUCGAUUUAAGAAUUUCAAAAUGACCCUUUCAGUAUAUCCAUUUUAAGAAAAAUUAUUGCAUCCAACCGUUGCGUCAUGCCAUCCCUGCAACAAACCAGUGAUGCGUUAGCCAUAUAAAAAAGUUUAUAAUAAAAAAUUAAACAACAAUUAAAAAAUUCUUAUCGCAAAUGCUCAUUUUUUUUGUUAUAAAUAUGACAUGGCAUAACCAAUGCAUGGAAUAAACACUCUUAUUUUAGACUCACUCUUUUAUACGUCAUGAUAAUGUAGUAAUGGAUAAACACAAAAAGUUGAGGAUCUUUUCUUUUCCAUUAUUUUAGUAGUAUCUUUUUUAUCUUUCUCAUGUUGAAAAUACUUCUAAACUAAACUUUUUCAUAAGAAAGACAAGGCGUUCAAAUAUAGAAGAUAUUAUUUUUUGAGUGAUCCAUUAGAAAAAUAUAAGAAAAAAAGGAAUAUUAUUAUUCGUUGUAGCAUAAAGUCUUCAGCAUGUUAAUAUUUAUAUAUGGCAUCAACUCCGAUCUAAUAUUUUUUCCUCCUUUAUUUUCUCCUCUCCAUCUCUAUUAAAAUUCAACAGCUAGUUUGAAAUGGAUAUUGAAAAUGUUUACACAUCAACAUUAGCAUCAUCUUUAAUUUUCUUUCUUUCAAAUUACUUGAUUGCUUACUUCAUAAUUUUCAAAAAAUGGGAUAUAAACCUUAGAAAAGAAGCUUCAAGUUCAUUCAUGUCCUUAACUCAUGGCACUCCUGUUGUCAUCCUUGCCAUGCAUUCUCUUCUUCAAAUCCAAACCGCCCAUUCUUUCGCUUCUCCGAACACCACCUUCCAUAACUCAGUUCUUGAGUUCAGCAUGGCUUAUUUCUUAGCAGACCUCUUACACUACCUACUCUUCUUCCCUAACGACAUUCUCUUUAUUCUUCAUCACGCAGCGACACUCUACGUCUUCGUUACUUGUCGAUACGUGGUUCGUUAUGGAGGUUACGAGAUUCUUGUUCUGCUUAUACUUGCUGAAGUUACUAAUCCUUUGCAGAAUGUUUGGAGCAUUGCCGGUCUGCGGCAAGCUGAUGAUCCUUAUGCUGCUAGAUUGUUUCAAGUGCUGUCUACUCCUUUUUUGGUUUUCUACUCUGUGGUUAGAGGUGUUCUUGGUCCCUUGUUUGUUGUGAAGAUGGGAGUGUUUUAUUUUGGUGGAGAAGGUGAUGGUUUAAUUCCGAGAUGGGCAUGGAUUUCUUGGAUGGUUGUGAUUGUAACUGCAAUCUUGGUUAGUAUAUUAUGGGUUUCGAAUCGCUGGGGUUACUGGUUCAGAGAAAGGAAUCGCAUGGAUCGAAAAAAGGCAAGUUAGAAAGAACUAUCUUGUUUGUAGCAGUGUUUUAAAAACCGAACUGGCGGCGAAACCAGUGGGGCCACAACCAAUCGAGUAAAAUCAUAAUAUAGCGAAACUGAACCUAGUUCGUAUGGGUCAUGGCCCAACCACAGGUUCAGUCUAGUUCAAGCUUGACCUAACUCGCUCUAAGCUCGAUUUGUUUAUAAUUCAUUUAAAAUUUAAUUUUAUUAAUUACAUUAAAAUGAUGUAUAAUAAUUUAGUCAUGAGUUGACCCCUUCAAAAAUCUAUAUCUAAAGUCGACAUUGU